AUGGCCGACCCUCUUUCUUUGGCAGCCAGUAUUGCCGGCUUAAUCUCACUCGCCAAUGUGAUCUUCCGAACCACCUACAAAUUCGUCAGAGCCGCCAAAGAUGCGAAAGAUGAGAUUCAGAGCCUUCUUGACGAGAUAAACAAUCCCUCUAGCGUGCUGCGACGCCUUGAGGCACUGACAUCAGGUUUAGAAGACGAAGGGCUGUCCUUCAACCCGACAUUGAGGAAUCACCAUCUAAAUCACUGCUACGAGACUUUAAAUCGAAUUGAAUUCAGAGUCAAGAAAGCUUCCGAAAGCUUCAAGAAAUCUAAGUUUGGCGGCAUCGUUAGACAGCUCAAAUGUCCUUUCUCAUCGUCAUAG